GCGGAGUGCAUCGCAAUGCAGGAGCCAGUCCUUCGAAGCGAGACCAGAAGACUGCUUCUGCUGCCAGGUAGCUGUGACGUUACUUGUCUCGAUCAUCAGGCUGAGAUGUCGCUUCUCCUAGUUCCGGCGUCACCUACGCUACCAUCACAUUUCUUACUGAUAAAAGUUCUGCAAUUGAUACAAGAAUGCCAGGGAGUGACUCAACACAGCGGCGACUGCGACACCUUUCAGAAACUCGAGAACCUAUUUUCACAAAACAGAACAGAAGAGAUGAACACUGAACCGGUCAUCGCACUGGAAGACGCAUGGAAGGAAGCUGAUGAAACGAAUCGAUCUAUGCGUAUACAUGAACUGGACCGCCUCUUAAAUGACGCUAGGAAGCAAGUCGCAGGAUUGCAUAACACUUUGGAGCAUGAGAGACAUAAACUGAGGGAACUUGACAGAAGUGUAGACAAAUACAAAACGGAGAAGCUGGAACUAGAAGCAAAACUGGAGGAGCAAAGAGAAUGCGUGACGAAGUUGAAGGACGAGCUGCAGAAUGAGAAGACGAAGCGUCUGGAGGUUUCUCGAGAUCUCGCCAGUCAGAAAGAGUACGACCUGGAGCUUGCGGCAGAUAUACGGAAGGAGAAGCAUCGCAAUACGGAGCUGGCGCGAGACCUGGACGCUGAACGCCAGUACAGCUCCGAGCUGGACGUCAACUGUCGCGACAAGAAAGGCAAUACCGCUCUGCACAGAUCUGCCCAGAAAGGUAACUUGAAGGCUGUGCAGGCACUUGUUCAACGCGGGGCCAAUUUAAACCUCAAAGAGAAAGAAUAUGGUAGGACCCCGCUACUUCAAGCAACCCUAUAUGGGCGACUGGAAAUUGUACGCUGGCUUGCAGCCCAAGGUGCAAACAUUGAUGUCUCGAACAGGCAGGGCUUCACACCUCUGCACUACGCUGUAUGGUACGGCUACACGGAUAUAUGUCGUCUGCUGCUGAGCAAGGGUGCCACUGUCGAUGCACUUGGGGAUGAGAAGUUGACUCCUCUACACCUUGCUGCUAGAGCAGGCCACAUGGACACCACAAAGUUGCUUGUAUACAGUGGCGCCAAUGUGAAUGCUACAGACAAUUUCGGAAAUAGGCCUGUGGAUUGGGCCAGACAGAAUGGUUAUACAGAGGUGAUUGAGUUCCUUACUGCAAACAGAAAUGUCACUGCCAAUUCUAAACAGUCAGUUGACAAGACAUAGUUAUGUAAAAUUCAUAAGACAUUUAUGUAUUGCACUCUAGAUGUUAAUUUCUGUGACAAUUCCCAACUUCUACAUGCAGGAUGUAAGAGGGGGUACCCAAAAGAAACCUGUCGUCUGACAGAUUACUGAUGAAUGAAUGAAUUCAAAUUUUAAGCACAAAC